GCACAGAAAUUUCUGGAGGACUUCAUGCAAGUACUGUGUUUCUGAGAUUGUAUGAAUUUAAUUAAAUAUUUUGUGCUUUCAGGCCACAAGUAGCUCUAUGUCUUCUUCCCCCAUAAAAUCCUGUCUCCACAUGAGAAAGAAGCUCUUCAGGCUCUCACUGUCGGUUCUGGAGGCUUGUAUGAACAAUUGUGGAAAGCGGUUCCGCAGCGAGGCAGCUAAGUUUCGCUUUCUGAAUGAACUUAUCAAAGUCUUAACGCCAAAGUCCUUUGGCGCGUGGAGUCCACAGAAAGUUAAAGACAGAGUGACGGAGGUCUUCUACGGCUGGACGCUCUGGCUUAAAGAGGAACCUAAGAUUCAGGAAGCCUACAACAUGCUGAAGAAACAAGGCAUCGUGAAGAAGGAUCCCACACUUCCAGACACAGUUGUUAUGGCUCCUCCGCCUCAAAGAACCACAGAGUCUGUUUUUUGAUCAAGACGACAAGGCCAAGAUGUUGGUUAGACUACUGAGGAGUGGCCAUCCUGAAGACCUGGAAACCGCCAACAGGCUCAUUAAAAGCACCAUCCAGGAGGCGAGGAGCACUGCAGCACUGCUGGUCCUCAUAUUUGAUUUAAUGGUGGUAUGGAUGAAUCUUUGGAUGAAUCUUCGGUUGUGUCUUAGGAGCAGGAAAAGGCUGAGAAAGUGUCAAAGCGAGAGUCAACCCUGAUGGAGGUUGAGAGCAGCACCAACCAGCUGAGAGAGCUUCUGUAUCAGCACAUCGAUAAUGAAACCUCGUUACAAACCAGUGAUGACGUGAAGGCAUGUUGCGUUUCAAACUGAUGUUUGUUAAUAAUAUCCGACUGUUAACAACAAAAAUUACUUACCAGAGUCUUACUCCACCCACACUUCUUUUUUGAUAUUUCAUCACUGUUUUGGGUCUGUUACAGAUCUUGGCUGAACAUUUGUUAUUUUAUUGUAAAUUUCAGAUAUGCCAUGUAUUUAAAAUGUUCAAAUAAGUGUAACCGUCAGUACUGUUAUGACAUAUUUCCAUUAACACUAACAAGCUUCCGGUUUCACUCUGUAACCAGUUGCCACCCUCAGUUAGGCUGUCCCCAUAUCUGCCGGUCUUUAAGAGUUGCCUAAAACCCCACCUCCUCCGCUCGACGUUCCCCUGAACGUGUUUGAGGUCGGCCUUCUUUUUUGUUGAUUUUAUUUCCCUGUUUUCAUUGGUGUUUCUAUCCCUUGUUUUAUCCAUUUGUUUCUACUUUUAAAUGUUUUACCUUUUUUGCACUAUUUGAAUUGCUUUUAUUAUCUAUUUAUUCAUUGUGUUUCACAUUUCUUAUGUACUGUGUUCAGCGCCUAGGGCUUCCUGACAGGGUUUCGGAAGGCGCUUUAUAAAUAAAGCUCUGAUUGAUUGAUUUGAUUUACCUUGACAUUCUGACCAUAAACAUUAAAUUGCUCACUCUUGCAGUUUUAAA